AUGGCAGGCAUCGAGCAGAUCAUCGUUCAUUCCAAGAGCUAUCUGGUGCGCUGGAUUCAAGUCCCCGAACAUCACUCCAUCGCAUGGUCCAUUCAGCCCAACAAGAAGAGCAUCAACUUUGGCAUCUUCAAACAUCYCGGAACCAAGAACGGCCUGAGCCCGAAUCUUCCCGCUCAGGAGACGGUAGAGAAUGCAGGUCAGGCACCGAAUACACCCGCGCUGGACGGAACCAGCGCAUCCCGACCCAACGCGAUGCCUCGGCGAGAAUCUGUGAGCACUAGCUCUACCGUGGUGGAGAAGUUGAAGGGAAUAGGGUUGCGCYCAGUGGCAUGGACGGGAAAGUGUGAGGCGGAUAAGGUGGCCAUGGGACAAUAUGAUGUCCCGGAAGGAGAAGGCGGCACAUACGGACUGGUCUUCGAUAACACCUUCUCCAAGCAAACGUCCAAGAACGUUACGCUCGUACUGAUGACCCAUCCCACGAGCGCGCCGCCAAAAUCAGGACACCAUUUGCAUUAUUCGCAAGCGGCGACGGCUGGAUCGCCUGGAGGCAUUCGCGACAAUUAUUCGCCGUCGAUGAAACCCGUGACAGACUCCAACGAGUCGCUGCCACAUAGCCUGGGCAUUCACCGUGGAGUUCUGGAAGAUCCGCGGCCGCACUCGAAGGGUGGUCAUGGAGUAGAAAGUAAGGGUAUCGAAGGCACGAUGUUUUAUACUGGAGUGCUAUACAAGAAGAGGCGAAGAAAGGGGCAAGGCUUCACAAAGCGGUUCUUCUCGCUGGACUUCACCUCCUCUACACUCUCUUACUACCGCAACCGACAUUCAUCUGCGCUUCGUGGUGCAGUGCCCCUUUCCCUAGCCGCAGUGGGCGCGGAUGAAAAGACCAGAGAAUUCUCCGUCGACUCUGGUGCCGAGGUAUGGCAUCUGAAAGCUAUCAACAAGAAGGACUUUCAGAGUUGGAGAAACGCUCUUGAACGUGCUUCUGGGACCGCGCACGCAUCCACACCGGCAACACCAGCCAUGAUCGCACGGAACCUGGCGCCUUCCGCUGCGCAGAAUCCUCAUGAGCAACGCGAGUGGGCAAGAAUUGAGCAGUUGGUAAGCGAAGUGUCGGGAACGCGGGAUGCCAUGCGUGGGCUUGCCAAAGACACAGAWCCGAAAUACACCCUGGCUACAACUGGCGCUGGCCUGGGCCUAACGACCCACGGAAAUGGUAGCAACGAUCCUAGUCCCCCCUUCAACGACUCAACGAAUCAGUAUUUCCCAGAGGCCACGGAGGACCGUGGUAAAAGUAGGAGGUCUAUCUGGAAACGCACUACAAGCGCAGAGAGAAGUCCGUCUACACUCUUCCGCAGAAGCGUGUCAGCUCAACUUGCGGUACCAUCGCCUACACUCACACCAAGUCACUCUCAAUCGAACGUUCAAAACACACAACCAAGACGGCCAAGCGUUCAAACAACCCCAUUGGUGCCGAAUCCUGAGGUCCACGAACGAUGCAUGGCCGUGCUACAGGAUCUCGAUCGGGCAGUAUCCGGCUUUUCYGCGCUGAUUGCGGAAAGCAAGUCUCGACGUGUCCCGCCACAGUUGCACACUUCAAACUCUCGUCUUUCGAUUGAUUCGGUGGAUAAUCAAGAGUUCUUCGAUGCGGACGACGGUGGAAGCGCGUCACAGCUACUGAACAUUCGUCGCUCUAGCGACUUUGGCGAACAACAGGAAGACAUGUUUGAGAACGCCGACUCUGAUACUAGCAGUGAUGCUGGGGAAGGCGUAGGCGGAUCUGUGAUAUUCUCUCCAACAUCCAAGACUGCGCAAUCGCCUCUGUUUCCUGGCAAGCCGAGCUCCUUGACGCCCCUCCCUCUGCCAAAGACGAAACGGCGAUCGACAAUCAAGCCUCCUAAGCAAGCACCGCCGAGCAUUAUUGGAUUUCUGCGGAAGAAUGCUGGCAAAGAUCUCUCGACGGUUUCUAUGCCCGUCACCGCCAACGAGCCGACGUCGCUCUUGCAGCGUCUGGCAGAGUCGAUGGAGUACGCAAAUGUGCUCGACGAUGCUGCCGCCGCGAACACGCCGGAAGAACGUCUGAUGUUUGUGAGCGCGUUCGCGCUGUCUUACUUUGCCAACAACCGCGUCAAGGAACGCGCUGUGCGCAAGCCAUUCAACCCAAUGCUUGGAGAGACAUUCGAACUUGUGCGGGAGGAUUUAGGUUUCCGCUUCGUCUCGGAGAAGGUUUCUCAUCAUCCCGUUCGAAUGGCUUGUCAAGCUGAAAGUUUCAGUAACGGCGGUUGGUCAUACACUCAAUCACCCCAGCCAACGCAGAAGUUUUGGGGUAAAUCUGUCGAAGUCAACAAUGAGGGCAGAGCGCGCGUGGUGCUGCAUGCUUCGGAAGAGCAUUAUUCGUGGAAUCAAGCGACGUGCUUCUUGCGAAACGUCAUUGCUGGUGAGAAAUAUGUCGAGCCUGUCCAAACUAUGACGGUGCRGAGUGAAACGAGUGGCAUGCGUGCUGUGGUCACGUUCAAGGCCGGAGGCAUGUUCUCGGGACGCAGCGAAGAGGUUACCGUGCAGCUCUUCCACCAGUCUGCGCCAGAUACGGCUUUGUCCCUUGGUCUAGCGGGCAAAUGGACGGAGAGCUUGAGGCGAACGGAUACAGGGUCGACAGUGUGGACGGUCGGAACUUUGGUCCCCGACGCCCCCAAGGUGUACGGGCUCACAUCGUUCGCUGCAGCGCUCAACGAGAUCACGAAGGUAGAGGAWCAUUAUCUGCCUCCCACUGACUCCCGCCUGCGUCCAGACCAGCAGGCACUCGAGGCGGGCGACUCAGACAAGGCAGAAGGACUAAAGGCUCGACUGGAAGAACGUCAACGAGCUCGCCGCAAGCUUUUGGAGACGCACGGCCAGACUUAUAGACCACAAUUUUUUGAGAAGGUGGCCGGAUCCGAAGAAGAAGAGGUUUGGGUGCUAAAGCAGGAGGGCAGUUAUUGGGAAAAGCGCGCCGCGGGCGACUGGUCAGGCGUGCAGGAAGUGUUUGAGCUUUAG